AUCAAUCAAUACCCAGACUGGUUUUUUAAGUUAUGAUAAAUACACGUUGCAGAAUCCAGGUUCGUCCUCCGAAGAGCAGUUCGAAUGAUAAGAUGACGUUGGAUGUAAAGCUUUUUCAAGACACAAGUAUGGAGGGCCCCUCACUUUCUAGAAAAUGAUAACCACAUGAGAAGAUUCCCUGGGCCCGAAUUAUAAAAAGCCCAGAUUCUCUUUUUGUGGGCUGACUUUGAGACAAUUCAGGCGGAAGAUGACCCAGAAAUGGGAAGACUUGGUAGGUAAUGUCCAUUGCUAAAUCCGUUGCAAGAGUUAAAGGGGCCUUAAACGCAAUUAAAACAGUCAUAGAUUCUAUAAUCCACAUUUUUAUGAAAUUUAGAAAUUUAAGUGGGUUUGACAGUGGGAGAGAUUUUAUGGUUGAGUUGUUGGAAUCGAAUGGUGAUGGGUGAUGUCUCAGUUUUUAUACUAAAUGUAAUGAGUGCUAAGAAAAUCAGCUACGCACUUAAAUCCCUAUAAAUCAUCGGAUACACUGCAAAAGACACUUAAACCACACUUAACUGAACUAAUUUUUCUUGUGUUGAGGUCCAAGCUCCUGUACCUACUGGCUAAGCCCUUUUUCGGUUUAGUCUAUUAACUCCCAUAAUCUGCAUUUCGUCAUAUCCAUGUGGCAUUUACUAUUUAUCCACUUCACCAGACCAGAGCAAUGGUGAUACCGGCAUUGUCAUAGUUGCAGUUCUGCAAUACUGACUAGUGUUACACAUUUUGGGCAACUUGGGAUUCCAGUACCGACUUUCUUAUUUUAUGGGAUUUUUCGGUUUCUUUUUAGAAAUGUGAUACAUUUUAGGCAUGCUUGGGCAUUGUUUCGGAUUGGGUUUGUGAAGUGGGAGUGAAGGAAACAUACUACACUGGCAUUUCUCGGAUAGUUAUUGAACCUGGCGGUUGAUUGGAAGAGAAAAGGAAACUUGGUACUUUCUGCAUCUUCAGUAUGCUUUCUUUAUUAGAUGUUGUUUCUUAAAUCCAAUACCUUUUGUCAUUUGUAUUCCAUGAAUUCCAGCUAUUUAAAUUGUUGGUGCAAUGGAAAUUUGGCAUUUGGGUUAUAUUCUGGAGUUGGUUGCAGAUGGCUAUGAUCAAUGCCAGCUAUUUAAGUUGUAGGAGAUGGAAAUUUGGUAUUUAGGUUUUAUUCUAGAUCAGGUUGCAGAUGGGUAUGAAUCAUAGAAAGGUUGCUUGCGAGAGUGACGCCUUUUUGGCUGCUGAUGGCCUUAAACUUGUGAGUUAAGUUUGAUCAAACUAAUUUCAGGCUUUCUGCUCCAUGAUGGUCUUAUAACAAAAACCUCAAAUAGAAGAUAUCCAAACGAGAUGGUAUGAUUCCACGUCGAGUUUUGAAGAUAUAAAAAUAAGAGGUUAUGAUUCUACGUCAAGUGUUAUGAAACUCGUUAAGUCUCAGAAUGUAUGAAGGACACAUCUGGAAGGAAUUACAGGCUCUACCAUUUUGCAUAGACCGUUUGGAAAUUUCAAUCAAAGCACCCAGCAUAUGGUUGCCCUUAUGUCACCCUGGAAUUGGUGAGGUUUCUCGUUCACUAGAACUACAGCGGAAAAUCAAAACUGAGAAACAGUGGAGAAAAAAAUCUGCCAUUGACAGUUAUUUCUCAUGUAAUGGGAGGAUUGGCCGUGCCUAUACCCCUCUUGCAGCACAUCAGAUACGAUGUUUUGGGCAGUCAUUAACAAUCUGCAUUUAAGAGUUUUAUUUCAGGAUUGAUUUCUUUUGUUUUUUUUGGCAUUUUAUGAGUUUGAUGUUGAGUAAGAAGUGCAAACAUGCAAAUGGAGGGGAUUUCAUUAGAAAAGCUUCGAGUCAGUGUUUCUAGUGCUCUUAGUUCUUCAAGUCAAGGCUCUGCACAAGAUGAUUAUGAUGUUGUUGGGGAUGUUUAUGUCUGGGGUGAACUCAUUUGGGAUAGCUUUUCUGAGACGGGAGCAGUGAAAACAGGAAAUGGUUCAAGUGUUCAAACAUGUACCCUUAGACCAAAACGAUUGGAGUCUGCAUUAGUUUUAGAUGUGCACAACAUUGCUUGUGGAGGAAAACAUGCUGCAUUGAUUACAAGACAAGGUGAACUUUUUACAUGGGGCCAGGAGUCUGGUGGUCGCCUUGGCUAUGCAGUGGGCACUGAUGUUUCACAGCCACAAUUGGUUGAUACUUUGGCAAACAAUACUAUUAAAUUUGCUGCAUGUGGUGAAUACCACACCUGUGCAGUUACCAAUACAGGUGAGCUGUACACAUGGGGUGACGGUAUCCACAAUAUUGGUCUUUUAGGGCAUGGCAACUGUGUUGCUCAUUGGAUUCCCAGGAAAGUUUCUGGUUGUUUGGACAGAGUGAAAGUUAAUUUUAUUUCUUGUGGAGCAUGGCAUGCUGCUUUAAUAACAACAGGUGGCCAGUUGUUUACUUUUGGUGAUGGAACAUUUGGAGUCCUGGGACAUGGAGAUUGUAAAAGUGUCAUCUACCCUAGAGAAGUUGAGGCUUUAAAGGGUCUACAGACUGUUCGUGUGGCUUGUGGUGUGUGGCAUACAGCUGCAGUGGUGGAUUGUAGGCAGGUGCAUUCCAGUCCCAGUAAUUGCUUCUGGGGAAGUCUAUUUACUUGGGGCAAUGGAGACAAAGGCCGCCUUGGUCAUGGGGAUAAGGAACAGAAGCUUGUUCCUGUUUGUGUGUCAACUCUAAGAGAACAUAAUAUUCAGGAAGUUGCAUGCGGACAUAGUCUUACAGUUGCACUGGCAUCAGGGAAAGUAUUCACAAUGGGUAGUAAUGCUUUUGGGCAGCUUGGUAAUCCCAACUCUAAUGGUAUGCUGCCUAGCCUGGUAGAAGGAAAGUUGGCAGAGUUAACAGUUGAGGAGGUUGCUUGUGGAGCAUACCAUGUAGCAGUUUUGACAAGUAGAAAAGAGGUUUACACUUGGGGAAAGGGGGCAAAUGGAAGGCUUGGACAUGGCAAUGUGGAUGAUUGCCAGACUCCAAUGCUUGUUGGGGAUUUGAAGGAAAAAGAAGUGAAAAAAAUUGCAUGUGGAUCCAACUUCACUGCAGCUAUUUGCCUUCAUAAGCGGGUUUUAGGUGCAGUGUGCUCUGGGUGUAGGCAAUCAUUUGGGCUCACUAGAAAGCGCCGCAACUGCUAUAACUGUGGACAAGUAUACUGUCAUUCGUGUAGUUCUAAGAAGGCUAUGAAAGCUGCUUUGGCUCCAUAUCCAAAUAAGGCAUUUCGUGUAUGCGAUUCUUGUUAUUUAAAAUUGAAAAAAGCACCAGAAAUUGGUAUCAACUUGAACAAUAAGAAAAAAGAUAAGUUUAGCAGGCCAGAAAUAAAAAUUCCAAGGACACCUUGGCGAACUAAUCUGGAACAGUUUAAGCAAUCUGAAGGAAAGGCCCAAGCUAAGCAUGCAAGUAAAAUUGAUCAGCCACAAUUGAGCAGAGGCACAGAAAUCUCAACCUUAUUACAGUUGAAUGACAUGAAUUUUUUAAGAUCUGAUCCUUCACACACAGUUUCAAAAAUGCAUUUUACAUCUUUCUGUCAGGUGGAUAAUGGUGUAAGAGCUCUUUCACCAUUAUUAAGAAAGACAAAUCCACUUCGAUCUGCAACACCAACUCCAACAAUGGCAGGCCUCACUACACCCAAAUAUGUUAUUGAUGAUCUCAAAAAAACUAACGAAAUUUUGACCCUUGAGAUGCAGAAGUUGAGAGUUCAGGUUGAAAAACUAACAAAGCAGUGCCAGUGCCAAGAAGAUGAAUUACAGAGGACUGCUGACCUAACAAAAGAAACUGUCACUUUGGCAGUGGAAGAAUCUGUCAAGUGCAAAGCUGCAAAGGAGGUUAUCAGGUCCCUGACCACACAGUUGAAGGACAUGGCGGAGAAAUUACCUGGAGAAUAUGUUAAUAAUGGUCUCAGCCCAACGUUGGCCUCAAAUUUAAUACUUAAAUCAGCAAUUUCGAACAUUGCUUUAGCAGUUGACCACCAAGAGGUUUUGAACCACAUUUCAAUUUUGCCUCCAACUACAGGAGUUAAUAGAAGCAAUGAGAAAGUGUGCUUAGAUAAUGAGGUCAAUAGAAUUUUGCCUCUAGAAACUACAAGGUCAUCAGAUUACAACUACUCAGGAUUACCCAAAAGGGAAGUGGAUAAUGGGCAUGAAGCAGAGAUAGAGAAGGUUGAGGAAGAUGAAACCGGUGUGUACCUUACUCUUUUGUCACUUCCAGAUGGUACAAAAUACCUUAAACGUGUGAGAUUCAGUGAGUUUUAGAAACUUCAAACAUUUUAUGUAUAAUGAUUAUAUAUGUCGCGCAGCCGAAAAAGAUUUAGUGAGCAGCAAGCGAAAUUAUGGUGGUCAGAAAAUCAUGGGAGGGUAACUGAAAGAUACAACUUGCAUGGAAUUGACAGUUCUGUGACUGAAAUCUGACUGGAGGAGGAUAAUGAUAUCAUCCCAUGAUUAUUUGUCUCUUAAGUUUCUGGUUUCGAAUUUGCAAAGCACAUUUGAGGGACAUGCCAAUUACAUUUUUUGAUAGACUGCUACAUUACAGCUAGAUGGCAAAUGAAAUUGUUUAAAUUCUAUACUUCAGGUAUUAGGUUGCUCUUCAGAGGUACAUGAUCUACAUGAAAGUCUUUAACGCUCUUACGGUGAAAUGAAGGAAUAUAGCAUCUUCUAUUUUUAGUUUGGAAGACUUAGGUGCCUGUCUUCAGUGAUUCCUCUUAUCCAUCGCCUUGCAGACUGUAUUGAUCAAAUACUCUAAAGAUUACAAGAUCGGAGCUUGUAAAACGAGACACAUAUUUGUAAAUAAAUGUUCGUCUACAUUUGCAAUCUAUGUCGUGCAUCAGAUGGUAUCACUCCGUUAUUGUAAAUAAAUUUGUUGUUCUAAAGGUUUACCUCAUCUCUAUGUGCUAAGGUUAGAAAGUCACUAUUACUCUCCUAAGCAGAUCCUUGAUCUCCAAAACCAAGGUGUUCUGCCUUUUUCAUCUUCAUUUCCAUAUAUAAAGGUUGUCAACCACACUUGUAAUUAUCAUUGAUUAUGAUGUGAUCCCUUGCUAAGGAGAAAAUGCUAAACUGGGACCAAUAAGUUUGUGGUUCCUUAAAGUAUAACUAAACAAUCCGAGGUUAUUGAUUUUGACGCUUA